AUGCCUCCACCCCGCACAAACCCUCUCUUCCUCCUCCAAUGCCCACAACCAACGAGUCUACCCUCGUCUCCGCGCGUUAUCCACGGGAAUCGGCGCACUCUCACCCGUUAUCAUCGCACGUCCACGCGACCAACGAGAACACAACACCACCAUACAACACACCCUUCCCUACUACACGCGCAGUCCAAGUCCUUCUCAACGAGCGUCUCUCUACGCAAAGAACAAAAUCACUAUGAAAUCCUAGACGUCCCGAUAACAGCGACCCCGGCUGAAAUUAAAAAAAAAUUCUACUCCCUCUCCCUACGCCACCACCCAGACCGCAACCGCACAGACCCAACCGCCAGCCAACGCUUCGCAAAAAUCUCCUCCGCCUACUCGAUCCUGUCGAACCCACAAAAGCGAUCAACCUACGACCGGGAUAACGGGUUUCACCGCGCACACGUGCACAAUCCACACUCCCCCUACCCACAAGGCUCGCACAGCAGUCACUCGGCGAAUCUACAUAAAGGCAGCCACGGGGGAGGAGGGUAUGCGGGGUCCAGACCGGCGAGUGGAUUGAGUAAUCGGCGGGGAACGUUUCGGGGGCCGCCGCCCAGUUUUUACGCGCAGGGGGGCUAUGGGGAGACGGGGAGGAGGGGGGAUGGGUAUGCAGCUGGGAAGGCUGGGCCGAGUGCUGGUGCUGGUGGUGGGUUUGGAAGUACUUCAUCGGCUGGAUCUGGAUCUGGAGGGACGGCUGGGACCGGCAAACAAGCUGACCCCGAAGACCCAAUGGGUUUCAUCGACCGCAAUCCGCUGGGCCACUUCAAUGCGCGCGGACACUUCCGCACCCAAAAAGCGGAGGAUGCGAGACGGCGGGAACGCAUAUCCAAGGCUCGAUCUGCGGCGAGGGAGACGGCGGAUUCGUUUAUUGGGAGUGGGGAUUUUGGAUUGUUUCGGUUUGUGGUUGUUUGUGGGAUAUUAGUCGCUGCUGGUGCUAUGACGGGGUUAUUUCAGAUACCUGUUACGAGCAGUGGGGAGGAUGGGAAGAGUGGGAAGAAGAGGAAGGACGGAGUUAGUUCUUCUUGA